UGUGUUAUUAAGCAGUCACUCAACAUACAUUUUAUAAAGCUCUGGACAAGUUCCUGAAAACUUAAGCAUUCCUUUUCAGGCAGCAAAGUGACAGGAACCCAAACAGAAUGAGCUUCGAUCCACAGGGAGGCAGAGCAUUUGGGCUUCUCAAAGCACAACAAGAGGAAGGACUAGAUUCAAUCAACCAGGAAUUUCUUGCUGAUCCAAAAUAUCGCGAUGAAGAAGACCUGGAUUCAAAAUUGGAAGCUUUUAAAAAAAAAUACAUGGAAUUUGACCGGAAUGAUCGAGGAGACAUAGAUAUGAUGGGUCUAAAACGCAUGCUGGAGAAACUGGGUGUGGCCAAGACUCACCUGGAGCUGAAGAAGAUGAUGUCAGAAGUGACGGGUGGAGCCACUGAGACUAUCAGCUACAAGGACUUCAUCAGAAUGAUGCUGGGCAAAAGGAAUGGCAUUCUCAAACUAAUCUUGAUGUAUGAAGGCAUGGCAAAGGACGACGGAGAGAAGCCGAGUGGACCGCCACCCAAGAAGAUGAUCGCUGACCUGCCCUGACCCCAUCCCAGCAUACAACCGGGGGGGGGGGGGGAGUUAAACAGUGUCAGAUCUCAAUGAUGCCUUUCUGAAGCCAGUUUCUUUUCACUGUUUCUAUUAUGUUCAGACAGGGAUGUUGAAGAACGACUUCAUCCACUUCUGAAACAUCACGGUUAUCUUAACUGACGUGUUCGUAUUGUUGCUUAUAUUCACUGUGUCUAAUUUCCAGUUUCAGUAUUUUUAAGCACCCCUGCACCCUCAAAAAGGCUGUCAAUCAUACCCUUUCUCUCUCUCUCUAUGUUCAGCAUGACACUGGAGUGUGACCAUGAACCUGUCCCCUCUAACAUUCUGCCCCCAGUGGAUGUAAGAGGUACCGCAUUUUUUCAGUGUGGUAUUUCUAACUGAUGCAGGUCUUACAUCAGCUAAGGGGAAGUGUUGCAGGGGGACAGGUUAAUGGUUACACACCUGAUGUACCCGCUGAACUUAAGAUUCGAUUUAUUUUUCUGAGGCCACAGGGUUGUUUUAAACUUCUGAGAUUUAAAACGUUGCCAGGAUGCGACGACUGAUGCAGAAAAUUAAAGCGAUUUCUAAACAAGAAAAAUACAUCAGUUAACGUGCUAUUUCAGAUCCAUAGAAAGUGGCUUUUUAAUACUGGCAGAUUAAUCUGUAGAGAAAGCAAGCGUGACAAAACAAAAAACAAACAAAUAAUGCCUGCUAAGCUUACUAACGUAUCCCAUUGUAAAAGCACAGCAAAGUCUAGUAAAACAGAGAAAGAAGCCAUGGCAAAGCUAAUUAACCCUCCCUUUAGAGUUUAAAAAUGACUGUGAAGAUAGAUGCUAGAGGAAACAUGGUAAAAUCAUAGAGAGAAUGGUGUGUCUUUACAUGUGCGCUCAAUAAAUAAAGAAUUGAACUGUUUAAUGUGCUUCUCUAUGUUGUAACAGUCUUGCUAGCUUUGAUUCUUCAUGCUACAACGUCCUCUGGUGGUAUCCUCCUAUGCUGCACCCGAUCUGAUCAACUGCUUUAAUGGACUUCGGAUGUAAUAGCCGCUAGGGGGAGCUAAAAAGCGACGUUGAAGUAAUAGUAACAUUUGAGUAACACAGUUAGGUUUAGGGGUUGAGAUUGGGUUUAGGGGUAGAGAUUAGUGCAGGGGGUAGAUUUAGGGGCUAGUAUGCUAAUAGGUACCUAUUGGCUAUUUCCUAUGGGAUGAUUUUUGUUUGAUAAUGUCCCAUUGAAUCAAUUGAUCUCCAUCAGAUCGGCAGGAUUUUUUAUUUUUUAUUUUUUUUAGCGAUUAAGCACAUAGCUAAAAUCUGGUAUAUACUACUCUACAGUGCACAAUGCAUUUGCUUGCAAUUUAUUAAAUUUAUUUUCUGUAUGCUACUGUGGUCUAGAUAAUCCCGUGUUGUCCAAUCCAAAUUUAACGCGUUUUUAAAAAAUCCAAGCAUAACAUUGGACACCCUGCAACAUACACAAAUUGCAGUCGGCGAAGUACUGAAUACAUUGAUUAAAUUAUGCAAUGAUAUGCCGCAUGGGCAGGGUUAACAGCAUAUGCAAUCAAGACCCGCCCAUCGUUUCGCGCUGAU